UGUCGCCAUGGCAACCAAACAGUCAUUUCCUCCUCGAGUCUGCCGGGGAGGGCUGAGGGCGGCGGCGGCGAGAGGCAUCCCAGAAAGCAUCUGUGGCAAGCGCUGCAUGUGUAAAAGAGGAAACCAUGGAGAAAGGGGAAGAGACGAGGACAUGAGACGCAAAGUUUUUGUUUCUUUUUAGUUUGUUCGGAUGAAAGGCGGUGAAAUAUCAACGAGCAAGUUGGAGGGUUCUGGAGUUCCUAACCCAUCAUGAUGAAGUCGAGCGCCGUGUCUCUCAGCGUUUGGUUCGUUCAGGUUCUAACUCUCUGCACACUUCAUGAAAGCCUGCUAACUGCACAGGAGACAGAUGUUUCCAUAACAGUCUCAGAAAACCCCACAGCAAACCACAAUGUCCAGACAACAACAACAACAGCAGCAGUGAUGACCACACCAGUGUCAGCAGCUGAGGCACCCACGCUGGAGCUGAGCAAAUUCACGAGCCCGGUGCAGAACGAAAGGAGAAACGUGACGAUCAGCGUCUCUCAGCAACACAUCACGAGGCUCACCGAGACGACUGUCUCUGAAAACACCACGAGUGUCCUGACGGAAUAUCAAGAAACAGGAACCGUCACUGAAAGCACAAGUAUAAACGUUCAGAAAAUGGCUGCGAUCUCAACAUCUGGAACAGCCACCCAGUCGGACCAUGAUGUCCAAACAUCUAUGAGUUGGACAGGAGAUGGACCAAGUGAUAGUGAGGAAGCAAACACCACCACGGUGCCACUGGUUCACUCAACAUACAAGACUGAUGCAACACUUACUAGUGGAAGUUAUCCAACAACAGAUCACCAAAGUCCAACUCCCGCUACAACAGAAACCUGGAGUUAUCCAGAGAUACUUUCUACAAACCGAACACCUUUUGAUGACACCAUGAAAACUGUUACACCUACAGGAACAUCAGGACAAAUCAAUAGCACAGCAAUGCAAGGUGGUUCUACACAAACUACAAGCAGUUCCACAGAGAACACAGAGGAACCCUUGGUGUCUAGUACAAAGACAAUGGAGUGGACAACACAAGAGAACACAGAGGAACCCCUGGUGUCUACAAAUAGUACAAGGAUGAUGGCAUGGACAACACAGGGGAACACAGAGGAACCUCUGAUGUCUACAAAUAGUACAAGGAUGAUGGCAUGGAUAACACAGGAGAACACAGAGGAACCUCUGAUGUCUACAAAUAGUACAAAAACAAUGGAGUGGACAACACAGGAGAACACAGAGGAACCCCUGGUGUCUACAAAUAGUACAAAGACAAUGGAGUGGACAACAAAGGAGAACACAGAGGAACCCCUGGUGUCUACAAAUAGUACAAAGACAAUGGAGUGGACAACACAAAAUAACACAGAGGAACCCCUGGUGUCUGCUUCGAAAAUGAUCGAAUGGACAACCGAACCCUUGGUGUCUAGUACAGAGAUGAUGGCGUGGACAACACAGGAGACCACAGAAGCUCAAGCAACAAGUCAUGUAACCAUAUAUGACAUAGCAAACACAACUUGGAGAGAUACAACAUGGUCUACAAACACUGAAGGCCUCUGGAGCUCCAACUCCACCACAUCCAAGAACAUCACCACAUCAGAGACAGAGACACCAGACUGGACAAACUGCUUCGCCAACUCCUCGUCUCAGACUCGCCGUUUCUCAAACCUGGUAUGUUUCAUCACAAUCUGGAGUCUUGCAAUGAUCGCGUCCAUCUUCCUGGGCCUGAGCGUGUUCCUGUGGGUGCGCCUGUCUGUUAGAAAAAAAAGGGCAAGAAUCAGGGGACGAGAACGGAAGGACGGAAAAGGACACAGACCAGCAGCAAAGGAGAAGCAGAGCCUGUGGGCAGAGCGGGGCUCAUCUGCUGAGGAGAGAGUGGAGUUCUGGUACGCCAAUGGGGACGUAGUGGAGGAGGGCAAGAGAAGACAACGAGCGAGACAGGUGAGAACAAGGAUGAACAAAGAGAGACAGGCGGGGGCAGAGGAGGACGCGUGGAUACAGCCGAAGGUGACACUAAAGGACAUUACAGAGUUUUGGCACAUGAAGGAAAGAGGGAGACAUGAAGAGGAGACACAGUGUGAAGUCAAUGAAGAGUGAGACAGAGAGGAAAAGAGAAGGAUGGAGAGUGACAAAGAGAGACAGAAAGAUGGUGAAGAGAUAGAGAGAGAGAGUGUGUCCAAAAUAAAACCUACACCCUAUUAUCUAUAAAGAUCAAGUGCAUUCUGGGACCUCUAAAGGGUUGUACUUGACCUCUGAUUGCAAUGCACUGUGGGAGUUUAUGAACACUGGACCGGCCGAAAACAACAAAACACCCAAAAUAGUGCAUGUGCUGAAUAGGGUGUAGUGUUGAGUGUACUGCUAGUGUGUUUUCAGCCUUAGGGUGUUUACAAUGAAACACCCACACGCACCCCCCCCCCACACACACACACCCACACACCCACACACCC